AUGGGUAACGAGAAGGACCAGAGUGCGGAGAGACGCCACCACGAUGUUCACCACACCUGGGACGAUGAAGCGCCGCCGCCCAAUGAAUAUGCUCGUCACAAUCAACCUUCUUCUUCGUCAAUUCACAGCGACAGCGCCCCUCCUUACGCAACACAACAGGAUUAUCAAUACUCCAUCAACUACCCAGUAACUGCCAGUGCCGAUGUGCUACCUGCCAAUCAUGACCUCAGUACACCACAUCUAAAUUCACAAGAGAACGACUUCCCGACUGCUGCCCAAGGCAAUGUUGGAAGCGAUGCCCGUGUCGAGAUCGACUUCAACUCGAAAUGGGUGCAUAGCCUCUCGGUUCUUGCCGAAAAGACAAUCAACAAAGAAGAAAAGGAACGGCGAGAAAGCGUUAAUGUGCCGAAUGAGAAGAUCAACCUGCAAACUUCCUCAGCCUGGGCGACCAAGCUCAACAUCGUUAUCCACGUAGUCGGCAGCCGCGGUGACGUGCAGCCUUUCGUCGCGUUGGGUUCGGAACUACAGCGCUACGGCCACCGCGUGCGCCUCGCGACCCAUGACAUCUUUGAAGACUUUGUGCGGAAAGCUGGCAUCGAGUUUUACCCUAUCGGUGGUGACCCUGCCGAGCUCAUGGCGUACAUGGUCAAAAACCCCGGUCUCAUCCCGAGUAUGGAGAGCCUCGCCGCAGGGGAGAUCCAGAAAAAGCGAUACAUGGUGGAGGAGAUGCUGGAAAAGUCUUGGGAGUCCUGCAUCAAAGCUGACCGGUUGACGGGCGACCCGUUUGUUGCAGACGCCAUCAUUGCUAACCCGCCUAGCUUUGCACAUGUGCACUGCGCGCAGGCCCUCGGGAUACCGGUGCACAUCAUGUUCACCAUGCCUUGGAGCAGUACCACGGCCUUUCCCCAUCCGCUGGUCAAUCUGAAGAACGUGGAUGUCAAACCCGGCGUCGCCAACUACGUUUCCUAUUCUGUGGUCGAGUGGAUGACCUGGCAAGGCCUCGGGGACGUCAUCAACAAGUGGCGGAAAAGCAUAGACCUGGAAGAGGUCGCCAUGUUCGACGGUCCGCUAUUGACUGAACGCCUCAAGAUCCCCUACACAUACUGCUGGUCUCCCGCCCUCGUACCAAAGCCAGUUGACUGGCCUCCCCACAUUGAUGUAUGCGGAUUCUUUUUCCGAGACGCACCUGCCUACACACCGCCGGAUGACCUCGCGCGCUUCCUCAAUGCUGGUCCACCGCCGGUGUACAUUGGAUUCGGCAGCAUUGUUCUUGAUGAUCCUGACAAGAUCACAAGAAUUGUCUUAGAGGCUGUCGAAUCGACAGGCGCUCGUGCUAUCAUCUCCAAGGGAUGGGCUGAUCUGGCAGGCUCCGAAAACGAGAACAUAUACUGGAUAGGAGACUGUCCGCAUGAGUGGCUCUUUCAGCACGUAGCUGCUGUGGUCCAUCAUGGUGGUGCCGGCACCACAGCCUGCGGGUUGAAGAAUGGCAAGCCCACUACUAUUGUGCCUUUCUUUGGAGACAGCUACCCCCUUGAAAAGAUCCGAUGCGACCUGAUACCGACCGAGCCAGCCGUCUGGUCUUACACGAAGACCAAGAGACCUCUGAAGCUUUCCAAGUUGGCGGCGGAAAUGAUGCUCUCCGACUCUUCCAUGAACGUCAAGCAUCUUAAACUCCCGGUGGACGAAUACAAGGCGCACCAGUACCGCAAGGAACAGGAGCGCAAGAGACUCGCAGCCGCAAGCGACACGGCCAGCGUCAAGUCGGCAGCAACGGACCGCAGCGCGUCGGCGACAAAGUCCCCCUCCCUCGCGGGCAAGAUGGUCGGCGCCUCGGCGAAGAGCAUUGGCGGCAUCGCACCCACGGCGCUGAAGGGCAUGGUGGUCGACAUCCCGCUCGCCCUGACGGAGGGAUUGAGGGCCGUGCCGGGCCACUACGGAGACAAGCCGCGCGACAACGGCCAGGUUACGGGCUUCGUCUCCGGGGCGGCGGUCGCGGGCAAGACGUUUGCGUGGGGCUUCGCGGACGGGCUCAGCGAUCUCGUCGUGCAACCGUACAAAGGCGCGAAAAUCGAGGGUGCCUUGGGUGCCGUCAAGGGCGUGGGCAAGGGCAUCGUGGGACUGACGACCAAGAGUGGCGCCGGCAUGUUUGGGUUAUUUGCGUAUCCGAGCGCCGGCAUCGCCAAAAGUAUUCGAUCGGCAACGCGCGGGGGCACGAAGAAGGCGGUUGCGAGGGCGAGGCAUGAGGAGGGGAAAUGGCUGCUGCAGACGAGGGGAGAGCAGGGCCUGGCCGCGGAGGUCGCGGCGGCGUUUAGGCGGUGGUGA